GGGGGGGUGUCGGCGGUGCCUGGAAACCACCCUCAACGGCCGGCGCUCUUAAAGAAGUGCUCAUGGGAGGCCUCGUCAUGGAAGGGGAGGAAGUGACUGCCCUCCGAGCGGAAGCCAUUUGCCAUUGUUGGCAGAAGUCACAUCUGCAGUCUUAAAGGGGAGGCUGUGCAAGCUCUUGACGCUGCCCGGACGUUGAAAACCUUGCUCUGGAAGGAAAGGCCUAAAGGCGUUUCGUGGUGGUUGGUUGGGUUUUCCCUUUUCUUUAAAGAAAACAAGGCACUUAAAUCAGAAGCUUCCUUCCCAGCUGCCAGACCCACCUGCCAAGUGCCAGCAUUUGUUGGAAAGGGACUUUCGAGACUGGUUUUUUUUUUUUUUUUUUUUUUUUUGGAAGGCCCUCAUCUCUCAGCACUGCGUCGGGGUUGGAGGGAUGUAAAAUCCUUAUGAAGGGCUCGGGGGCUUAAGUCUGACCGAUUUUCUUCAGGACGGCAAGGGGAAGCCCCUUGUUAAAGGGACUGUGCUCUGGGCGUUGGCGGAUGCUAAUUUUAUGGUGAAAUGCUCUUGGAUGAUUUCCCAUUUUUUUAGUUUUAUCUUGAAAAUAUUUAAUUGUUUUGUAAUUUAAUCGUUUUUGCCUUCAAGAGGAAGACAAAAAUAAAAGCGGACAGGAAGCUGCCACUGUUGCUUUGGAGGGAACUAAGCUUGAAUGAAAGGGGACUUCCCCAAAGGAACCAAGAUCCCUCAGCUUUUGGCAGCAUACUCUACAUUUUGCUGACUGUGAGGUGUGGAGGCCAAGGCCUUUCUGCCUCAGAAUAAGAAAAACUUUUUGACUUUUUUUUAAAGGCAAGCCUUAUUCUUGUAUUUGGUGCUUUUCUGGGUGGGGUCCAAAAAGGAGCAAGGACCUGGUUGAGAGCAGCUGCAAUGCACUUGGCUGGUGAGGGGUGAAGGGUGCCCCCCCCAUUCUCACGUGUCUACAGCACCCACCUGGACACAACAAGACAAAUUCUCUGUUCCUCAAGGGGGGGCAUCAUGGAAGGAACUGCAGCUGCUCCUGCCCACUGCUGGAGUGGAGGAGGAGGCAGCAGUAGCCGAGCAAGGAGGCAACGGCGUUGCUCACGGCGGGACCGUGAGAGCCGCUGCACUCGCCGCCGGGCAGGUCGGCCUGGGAAUUCUUCCCAUCGCGUCGUGUCGUCAUCCUCGUCUUCAGGAUCAGACAGCGAGGGCCCCUCUCCGCCUGCCCCCAUGGCACCUGGAAAAAGCCGCCCACUGCAGCAGCAACAGCGCCGACGCCGACGGCCCUUACGACGGCGAAAGAGACCCUCUGGAUCCUCCUGCAGUCGUGAGGAGGAAGAAGAGGAAGAGGAAGAAGAGGAUCUUAUUGAUGGCUUUGCCAUUGCCAGCUUUGUCAGCCUUGAAGCACUUGAGAAGGAUGCAACCUUGAAGACUCCAGAGCGGUUGGAGCUCCGGAUGAAGCAUUCUGGAAAAAGAAAACGGGGUGAGGGGAACAACUCUGAACAUGAAGAUGAGGAUGGUUGUUCAGAGAAGGGUCGCAGCAGGAGCUGUGGAGGGGAGCGAGCGCUGAGAAAACGUAGCAAGAGACGGCACAAAGAGCCUUCUCUCCAAACCUACCUGGAAACUGGAUAUUUAUGUGAUACAGAAAGUGACCGAGAGGAGCAGGCCUCCAUUGAUGACCUCGAACAUUCAUUCACUGUCUCAACCAGCAAAGCCUCGGGACCCAUUGGUGCAUUAAAUGGGAGCUGUGAAGCCAAACUCUCUGUGAUCCCUAAAGUCUCAGGCCUGGAGCGGAGCCAGGAACGCAACUACGAGGCCGACCGGGACCCCUUGCUAGUGCCUUUCCUGCCCAAGGAGCCCCCUUCUCAGGCAGCUGCAGCCCCUGUUCCACCUCAGGCCUUGCCCCCCAGUCCUCCUGCCCCACCUCCCGCCAGGACUCGGGCUCAGACGCCGAACGCUGUUCGGGGGACGCCCCAGCCCAAAGGCCAGCUGCCUCCAACACCUCAGGGGGGCCCAGCCCCCCACAACCUCCCCCAGAGCCAGCUCCACAUGAAGGUACCACCCUUUGCCAGCCAGACGCAGGCACCGUACGCCGUGGGGCUAGACCUCAGCACUGGAGGGUGCAGCCGCGGUGCAGCUCACCCCAAGCCCAUCCUCCCUCCUUGCUCCCCCUCUUCCUCUCAGGUCCCUCACCGACCCUCCACUCCCUCACUGGCCCUGCCUCCCCAUGCCUUUCCAUCCACACUUCGGCCGCCUUCCCACCAUCACCCAGGCAUGUUCACUCCCUCGCCUGGCCUCCCACCACCACCUCCGCUGCUGCAAGUCGCUGGGCACCCAGCUGCAGCCGCUGCCAUAUCGGAACAAGAGUUAAUCCGACAAGAUCUGAGUUCUCGAUUUCUCACAGCGCAAGGUGGAGCCGACAUGGGGGCUGCCACUAUCCGUCCACUGGCCUUCCAGUUCCAUCAGCACAACCACCAGCACCAGCACACCCACCAGCACACCCACCAGCACUUCACCCCUUUCCCACCGGGCAUGGUGCCCACACCUAGUUCAGCUGUGUUUGAGAAAUACCCUGGCAAGAUGGAUGGGCUUCUGAGGCAUAAUUUCUAUGCUGCAUUUCCCCCAACCGUGUCGGGGAUCUCCCCGGUCCUGCCUCCCGCGGUGACUUUUGGCUCUCUGCAGGGGGCAUUCCAACCUAAGAGCACUAACCCUGACCUGCCAUCCAGGCUGGGUACAGUUCCAGCCACCUUGUCCCAGAAAGGCACCCAGCUUACAGAUCCUUUCCGGCCAACGCUGAGAAAGCCCGGGAAGUGGUGUGCCAUGCAUGUCCGUGUGGCUUAUAUGAUUCUGCGGCACCAGGAGAAGAUGAAGGUAGGGUGGGCCUGCACUGCCUCUCUCCUCCGCCUGCAUACAGUGACGGGGUGUGGAGCAGCUCCUGUUCGUGGCCAUCUGAGGGUCACUGCAAACAACAGGAGAGGCGCUUCCCUUUCUAGUCCUCUGAUGUCUGUGCUGGACCCUGGAUCCAAGUCAGGGUUUAUGAUGCAGGGUGACCCACACAAAUUGGAUUUCCGGAAUGAUCUCCUUGCAGGCUUGCCUGGGACUGGAGCCUUUGGCAGUCUGCCCCAUGGCCAGGACUUGGCACGCCCUGCCACCCUCUUUACAGCUUCUGGUGUUGUCCACCCAGGUGGUGCCUCGUCCUUUGGUCCCGCUAGCACCCCUCAUGGCUCCUUCCUCAGCCCCAGCCCACACAUCGAUCCCUUUGGCAGGCCCCCCAGCUUCACCUCCCUGGGGGCACUUUCCAAUGGUGCUUUUGGGGGCCUAGGCAAUCCAUCCUUCAACUCGAGCACUGUCUUUGGGCAAAAGGAGAGCCCUGGAGCUCCACCCUUCCCUAGCCCUCAUGAGGCAUGGAACCGCCUCCAUCGCACGCCUCCUUCCUUCCCCACUGCCCCGGCCUGGCCUAAAGGUGGCACUGGAGAUGGAACUGAGCGUGGAGGCAGCCAGCACGACAAAGAGAGCGAGAAGCCUGAUGGGCCAGCGAUCAAGGAUGAAAAGGACAGAGAUGCCCUCUUCUCCCGCCACCCCCUGCGUGCGUCUCCAGCGACUCCUACUCCGAAGAACCCAGCACUGGCUCAUGAGGAGCCUCCAGGCCGCCCCCAUAUGCCGACAGAACGUGACCAUCGCUAUGGAAGCCCUGCAAGCUCAGGCCAUGCCUCCCGCUCACCUUAUCCAGAGCUGCCCCUGAAGAAGGAGGUGAAGGUCAAGGAAGAGCCGGAGUUGACAGGGUUUGAGGGGGCACUGCGUGCUGGUCCUCCCUACCAUAGUACCUUGCAUGUCUCCCAUCCCUUGGGGACACUGGCUGUGUUUGAGCGGCCCCAGGCCGGGACUGGCGGUAGUGUCUCCCCGUACCUGGUGGCUGCUCCCCCCACGGCAGCCUCUUACACUGCCCUUGAAGCUUGGCGUGAGCCCUACCAUCGGGGGCUGGAGUUGCACUCAAUACCACGCUUCCCCCGCUACCUGGAAACCCCGUCUCCUGCUGCUGCAGCUGCCGAAGACUACGAACGGGCCCGGUUAUACGGCCUGGCGCCUCCACCCCACCCCAGCCUCAUGGCCUAUCCUCGCCACCAAAAUGGGUUGCUGGCCAAAACGGCCCCCUCGGCUGCAGCUGCAGCUGUGGGACUGCUAAGUGCCCCGCCUCCUCUCAUCCCAGCUUCCAAUGCUCGACCCUGUUCCCCUCGGCGUGCCCCCGACAUCCGAGAACUGGCUGCUGCCUAUAAGGACCGGGACUCCAGAUAAUGGUGCUGUAGCAGGUCCCUGGAACAUAAACACCUGUACCAAGCAGCUUUCCUUUUCUCUGGCAUACUGAUGGACAGUUGGCACAUGCCCUGGGCAGAUAAUCUAGGCCUCUAGUGGGGAUAGGAGCGUGGCCACCUGCCGCUUUAGUCUGAAGUAGGGGCAUGCUGCUGCCCACCAUCCUGGAAGGACUCUAGCUCCCCUUCAGUUAUGAAUAGUCAGAUUCUCUUCCUGGCUAUGGUUGAGGCUUACAGCAGAGGGUUCUGUUUAGGGGUGUUGGUGUCUGGGGUGAAGCAGGAAUCCGGGAGUCGGAGUGCCCCUGGUCUGUGUUCCUGAGCUCUGCAAAAGAUUCCUCUUCCUGCCUUUGUAGGAAUUGUCGGUGGAUUUGGUGUCUGCUUCCAGUACUCUUGCUGGGCUGAAAUCUGACUGGGGUGGGCUCUCCUCCCUCCAUGGACUCUUGGGAAGGCUGCUUUCAGGGGAAGUGAGGAAGCCUGUAUGUUAGGGCAUCUCCUCCUGCCUCCAAGCAGUGUAAAUAUUUAUAUAUUUGCCCCAGGCAGGUGGGGAGUUUUUUUGUACAUUUAUAAAAGGUUUGAGAUUGUGAUUUUAAAAGUGACUUCUCUCUAUUCUCUUCCUUUUCCCUCCCCCCCCCAAUUCCCCUUGUUUUUACUGUACUGCUCUUUUCUAUACCUGUAUCUGCUCCCUCCCUACCUCCAGCUCCCUUUCCUCCUGUAAUUGAUUGGAAAGGUGCAACAUGGAGGGUGCCACACACUUAUCCAGUGCCCGUUUUCCCCAGGUUGGUUAAUUAAACCCCAAACUGGUGCUUCUGAA